AUGUGUAAAUCACUGCUUUCAUUCAAAAAUCGAUUACAAUCUAUAAUUCACGAUGCUAAUUUUGUCAAACUAGUCCAUGAAAGCUUGGAGUAUCCGAUUGUUGCAAACGAGCGAUGUGGCCUCUGGUAUGUUCCGCCAAAGGAUCGAGCAGAGACUUGCUACUUCAAAUCUACUGACGGUCAUACAAAUGUGUGGUCUUUUUCUUUACGAAGAUUGAAUUUGCAUCUCUUGUCUUUAAUUCGCCAAAACGGGGAAGGGGUCAUGAUUGUUGAUUCAACACGGCGUGGUAAAAGGAUGCCAGAUGCCUUGCUCAAAACAAUUCCUAUAUGGUGUGCUGUGUUAAACGAAGUGCUUUAUGAUAAGGUUGCAGUUGUGAAUGACAAUGACGAUUAUAUUGACAAUGAUAUUGAUGAUAAUGAUAAAAAGAAUGAUUUCGAGGCGUGGUUUAAAACGCCAGAUUUGGUUCCAGAAAGUGAACAUAAUUCAAUCUUGAAACUCAUCCCAGAUUUUGUCAAGCAGGUUAAGGAGAUGAAUUUGAUUGAUGUAGAGAAAUACCGACUAGAUAAGCCAUUGGUGCCCAGAUGGUUCUAUCCUGGAUGUCCAGAACAAAAUCUAGAUGACUCUGUGUACAAUAUUUGUUGUGUUUCAGCAUCAACAAAGGUCGAUGUGCACAGGACCAUUAACACGAAAACCAAAGACGGUCUGAUAGUUAAUUUUGAAUAUAUACAAGGUUCGGCAGAUGAUCAUGAGUUAUGGGUUCCCAAAUCAUUACCAGGCUUAGGUGCGAAUGUGUUUUGGCACAUUGUUUCCACUACUGAUAUACUUGAUAAAACUACAGGUUAUCUUCCAAAUUGGCUUUCCGAUGGAGAUUUGGAAAAACAAAUCAAAUCACUAAUAACAAAUCAGGCAUUAACUCAUGAAAUAAAUCUUUUUCCUGUUGGCAGCACGGGCUUGAAGUUUGGAAAAAUAGAACGAGAUAUAAAAUACCUGGAAUUGGAAGCAAACACCGUCAUACUCCAUGACAAAUUCAAGGUUGUUGAACUUCCUGAGACAUGUAAAGAUUCUCCAACAAAAUUUACGGUACACCACUAUCCAGUUCCUAGUAAUAAAAAGGGAUCAAACAUGCUCAGAGAAAUACUUCCCAAACUCAACGACAAGCUAGAUAUUUGGGAACCAUUGGUAGUAUUGUGUGGUACUGGUCAAGAUAUAAGCAUUGGUAUGAUAUUAGCAUUGUUGUGUACGUACUACAACCUAGAGUGGGAUCUUUUGGAUACAAAGAGCCCAACAACAACAACAACAACAACAACAACAACAACAACAACAACAACAACAACAACAACAACAACAACAACAACAACAACAACAACAACAACAACAACAACAACAACAACAACAACAAAUAUUACUACCACUACUGCUGCUGCUACCACCAGUACUACUUCAGAGAAAACAAGGUUGCAGCCCGCAGGUGCUGUCUCCAAGGCUAUAGUCAAGAAGCAUUUGAGCAAACUUUCCGAAUCAUACAAGGUCAACCCGAGCCGAAGCACUCUACAAAGUGUAAAUAGCUUCCUAUUCACUUGA